GUCUGUCACUCACGCACGUGGUCUGCUUAAAUAUUGUUCUUUUUCAGUCGGGCAGAAUUAUUCGUUCUUUUUAUUUGCAUCGUCAAAUAGUGCUUAAUUCUUUUAUACACUGGUUUAGUUAUCAACUGUUUAUAUUUAAAAUGAAAGAAACACCGCUAUCGAUUUGUGAGAAACAAACUGUAAUCCAAGGCGUCAAAGAAGGACAAAGAGUUGACGGGCGUAGUCUCUCGGAACAGAGAAAGACUUGUAUUACAUUUGGAACAGAAUGGGGAUGCUGCCAGGUCCUUCUUGGAAACACAAGGGUGAUGGCACAAGUUUCUUGCAGUGUCCAAGUCCCGAAAUCAUCAAGAGCAAAUGAAGGCAUGCUGUUUAUCAAUGUUGAAAUGUCUACUAUGGCAGCUGAACAUUUUGAAGCUGGCAGAUUAGGACAACAAGGCAUUGAAGUCAAUAGGCUAGUUGAAAGGUGCAUUAAAGAUUCCCGCUGCAUUGAUUUGGAGAGCCUAUGCAUUUUGGUUGAGGAACAAGCUUGGGAAGUGAGAGUUGACAUACAUGUACUAAACCAUGAAGGAAAUCUGAUUGAUGCUGCCACUUUGGCUGCUCUAGGCGCUCUUUGUCACUUUAAAAGACCGGAUGUAACUCUCGAUGGUCGGGAUGUUAUCAUCCAUCAGCUAGAUGAAAGGGAUCCAGUUCCACUCACUAUCCUACAUCAUCCUUUAACUCUUUCCUUUGCUCUCUUUAACCAAGGGAAAAUUUGCGUCUUGGACCCAACAAAUUUAGAAGAACGUUCUGCCGAUGGAAAACUUGUGAUGGGUUUAAAUGCGUACCGAGAACUUUGCACAUUACAGAUAUCUGGCGAUGGGGUGUUUAUCCAUAAAGAAGCAGUUAUAUCGUGUGCGAAUGUGGCAGCAUCAAGAGCUGUUCAAAUGGUUGAAAUGUUAAAAAAAUCUCUGGCUGACGAUGCCGCCGAAAGAGCCAAAGGAAAGUACAGUGGGUUAGUUGCUAGCGUAGCGCUGGAAACAGAAAGAAUCACCACUCAGUCUCAGGCCGAAGUGUAUUUCAAGGCGCCACAUCAUAAGGCUAAAGUAUCGAAAAAAGAACCUUCGGCAAUCACGAAGACGAAACUUGUAAACGAUCAAGGAGUUGUGACAUUAGAAACCUCUUGCGAUACGUCCAGCAGCGAAAGUGAGAUGGAAGUUGAACCACUCCCACCUGUGGCAGUAAAAAAGAGGGUCUACGAAGAAAUAGAUGUUGGAAAUGAUAGUGAAGAGGAGCCUGUCAUUAUGGUAACCAGCGAACUUACGUAAAAUGACUAUGACGCACCGAUUAAACCUUUCGUUCGAAUGUAUUUGAAUUUACAAGGUUAAAUUAAUAAUUAAAACAUGCCAAGGAGAAAACAA